AUGGUCUCCGCCGCCCUUCUUGGGCUCACGAACUACAACAGCCCGCUGCUUCGCAAUGCCGUCCCCUGCGCUCUGGCCUCCCUUUUGGUGCAAUACGCUGUCGGCCUGCCGUCCACCUUUCUAGUCAACCCGCCCUCGGAACGCUUCUACGAUCUGACCGGCGCGCUCACCAACGUCGCCGUCGUUGUCUUGAGCCUCUACCUUCCGCGGUGGCGCGCCGAGGCCCAGCUGGUGACGGCGAGCCCCGGCGCUGCCCUCACUCUCGAGCCACCGCACUGGCGACAGGCCGCACUCUCUGGCGCCGUCGCCCUCUGGGCCGUCCGACUCGGUACCUACCUCUUCCGCCGCAUCCUGCGCGAGGGCAAAGACUCUCGCUUUGAUGCCAUGCGCACAAAGCCCGCCAAGCUCCUCUUUGCCUGGACGGCCCAGGCGUUGUGGAUUGUACUCUGCCAGUCGCCCGUCACAGCCGUCAAUGCCGUGGGAGCGCCCGUGGUGGCGGCGUCGGCAGCCGGACCAGCACAUUCGUCGUCGGUCCUGCCAAACAACGUCCUUUGGUCCGACAUGGCCGGGUUCGGUUUGUUUGCCUUCGGCCUCGUCUUUGAAUCUAUCACCGACUAUCAAAAGUCCAGCUGGGCCGCGGCGAAGCACGCCAAACAGCACGACGAAGUGUUCAUGGGCCGCGGUCUGUUCUCCGUGAGCCGGUAUCCUCAUUAUUUCGGCGAGACGACGCUGUGGACGGGCCUGGCCGUGGCGGCUGCCGGCGUGCUCACGCGCGCGCCUGUUUGCGUGGCUCUCGGCGACAUUGGUGUGGCCACCGCGCUCUCUGUUGCGGCCAUCAGCCCGGCCUUCACGGCGUUUGUGCUGCUCAAGCUGAGCGGCGUGCCGUUGAGUGAGCCCAAGUACGACAGGAAGUACGGCAAGCGUGCCGACUACCAAAAGUGGAAGCGGGACACGCCCAAAUUCUUCCCGAAACUGUUUUGA